AGUGAGCCCAAGAGUGAAGUUGAAGCUAAACCCCGUAAGCUAUAAAGAAGUUACAAGGGGGGGCGUUUUCGGCUUCCAAUUAGGAAUAACACCGGCUUCGUAGCAACUACAGGGAGGAGGAUUCUAAAACUGCCUUACUGGUCCCAAAGCCCACAUUCGCCUCCUUUGGCCAUGCACCCCUCCCCCUAUUUGUGACCAAGAACAGGGAGCCAGGGAGUGCCCUACUCCUCUCUCCGGUGGGAAGCCGGGAGGCCAGCGGUGAGGCUUAGUCGGACGGCAGGCAUGAUUGCAAUUAGAAGGUGGGCGCCUGCGCACCCGUUGCCGCCCGCGGGGACUGAAGUGGCUUGAAAGGGUUGCCAGGGAUUGCUGUGCUUCCGGAAGGGGCUCGGAGCCGCCUCAAAUGCCGUGGGACUGAAGAGCAAACGUCGGGGAUUAAUAUGUCAAUUUUCCGAGGACCCGGGUGCGCCUCGCCGAAUAGGAAAAAAAACUGGCUCCCGUGGGGUCUCGCUGGCAUUUGAUACCCAGAGACUUCCCGCUUCCAGGAUUGCCCAAGUUGCCGUGGAUCAGCAGCUUUCAAAUACUAGUAUCUCGCAUUUUCAGAGAAAAUAUUUUCGGUUCGCCCUGCGGUCCUUUCACUGCCGUCUAUACAUUCUCCCCAGUGCAAAGACUUCAACCUCUUCUUUCAAAGUAUGACGCUUUAUGUUUUUGCCAAUAUGAUCCCUAAUUGAACUUUAUUUUUGAUUGUGAAUGAAUCUGUGGAGCUUACCUUGUAAGAUAAAAGGGGGAACGAGACACGAUGAAAGAAAAGUCCAAAAAUGCUGCCCGGACUAGGAGGGAGAAGGAAAACAGUGAAUUUUAUGAACUGGCCAAAUUACUGCCUUUGCCCUCGGCUAUCACCUCACAGCUGGACAAAGCAUCCAUAAUCAGACUCACCACCAGCUAUCUCAAAAUGAGAGUGGUGUUCCCAGAAGGGCUCGGCGAGGCGUGGGGUCACUCCAGUCGGACCAGCCCCUUGGACAACGUUGGCCGCGAACUGGGUUCCCACCUACUCCAGACACUGGAUGGCUUCAUCUUUGUGGUGGCCCCAGAUGGGAAGAUCAUGUACAUCUCAGAGACAGCCUCAGUUCACCUGGGUCUUUCUCAGGUAGAGCUGACCGGAAACAGCAUUUACGAAUACAUCCACCCGGCCGACCACGACGAGAUGACAGCAGUGCUCACAGCUCAUCAGCCCUACCACUCUCACUUCGUGCAGGAGUAUGAGAUCGAGCGUUCCUUCUUCCUGAGAAUGAAGUGCGUCUUGGCCAAGCGGAACGCGGGCCUCACCUGUGGAGGUUACAAGGUCAUUCACUGCAGUGGCUACCUGAAAAUCCGCCAGUAUAGCCUGGACAUGUCCCCCUUCGACGGCUGCUACCAGAACGUGGGCCUGGUGGCCGUGGGUCACUCGCUGCCUCCCAGUGCCGUCACGGAGAUCAAGCUGCACAGCAACAUGUUCAUGUUCCGGGCCAGUCUGGACAUGAAGCUCAUCUUCCUGGACUCCAGGGUGGCGGAGUUGACGGGGUACGAACCUCAGGACUUGAUUGAGAAGACCCUGUACCACCACGUGCACGGCUGCGACACUUUCCACCUCCGCUGCGCGCACCACUUGCUGUUGGUGAAGGGGCAGGUGACCACCAAGUACUACAGGUUCCUAGCGAAGCACGGCGGCUGGGUGUGGGUGCAGAGCUACGCCACCGUCGUGCACAACAGCCGCUCGUCCAGGCCGCACUGCAUCGUCAGCGUCAACUACGUCCUCACAGACACAGAAUACAAAGGGCUGCAGCUCUCCCUAGAUCAGGUCUCGGCCUCCAAACCAGCCUUCUCCUAUGCUAGCAGCUCUGCCCCCACCAUGACUGACAACAGGAAAGGGGCCAAGUCCCGUCUUUCCAGCUCAAAAUCCAAGUCCAGGACUUCCCCAUACCCUCAGUAUUCAGGAUUUCACACGGAACGGUCGGAAUCGGAUCAUGACAGUCAGUGGGGUGGAAGUCCCCUGACCGACACAGCCUCUCCGCAGCUCCUGGACCCUGCCGACAGGCCGGGCUCUCAGCAUGACGUAUCGUGUGCCUACAGGCAGUUCUCGGACCGCAGCUCUCUCUGCUACGGCUUUGCGCUCGACCAUUCCAGGCUGGUGGAGGAGAGGCAUUUCCACACCCAGGCCUGUGAGGGAGGCCGCUGUGAGGCAGGCAGGUACUUCCUGGGAACGCCUCAGACAGGAAGGGAGCCCUGGUGGGGCUCUCGAGCAGCCUUGCCCCUGACCAAGGCUUCUCCGGAGAGCAGAGAAGCCUACGAGAACAGCAUGCCUCACAUCGCCUCAGUGCACAGGAUCCACGGGCGAGGUCAUUGGGAUGAAGAUAGCGUGGUCAGUUCUCCAGACCCUGGGUCGGCCAGCGAGUCAGGUGACCGAUACCGCCCUGAGCAGUAUCAAAGUAGUCCACAUGAACCUAGCAAAAUUGAAACUCUGAUAAGAGCCACCCAGCAGAUGAUUAAAGAAGAAGAGAACAGAUUGCAGUUAAGGAAAGCACCCGCAGACCAACUGGCUUCCAUUAAUGGAGCUGGGAAAAAACACUCCCUCUGUUUUGCAAACUACCAGCAGCCCCCACCGACAGGCGAAGUCUGCCACGGCUCUGCUCUUGCCAACACUUCACCAUGUGACCACAUCCAGCAGAGAGAGGGAAAGAUGCUGAGCCCCCAUGACAAUGACUAUGACAACAGCCCCACAGCACUGUCUCGGAUAAGUAGUCCCAAUUCAGAUCGCAUUUCAAAAUCCAGUUUGAUCCUAGCUAAAGACUAUCUACAUUCGGAUAUGUCUCCUCAUCAGACAGCGGGAGACCAUCCUGCCGUCUCUCCAAACUGCUUUGGCUCUCACCGGCAGUAUUUUGAUAAGCAUGCUUACACAUUAACUGGAUACGCCCUGGAGCACUUAUAUGACAGCGAAACCAUUAGAAACUAUUCCUUGGGCUGUAACGGCUCACACUUUGAUGUAACUUCCCAUCUAAGGAUGCAGCCAGACCCAGCUCAAGGACACAAGGGAACAUCCGUUAUAAUAACCAAUGGAAGCUGAUGUUUUUCUAAAAUAUUUUGUUCUUUAAGGAUCUCUGAAACAUAUUUAUAGCUUGAUGCCCCAUUACCAGCCUUUACUAUGCCACAGAUUGUUAGAGAGAAUAAUUUAAGUUACUGGGUAUUUGCCAUAUGUUCUUACGAAAUCAAAGAAAACAGCACUAGCAUUCAGGGUUACACACAGAUAAUGGAGCUACAUACACAGCUUGCCCCUCCAAUUAUAUGGGAACCAGAAUAUUUACAUUUGCAAUUGAAAAAUAAUCAUGGAGAUCAAGUAAGCAUAUUCACCACAGGAAUUUGUGAUGAUCUGGUGGUCGUCACGCACAUAGACCACCAUUCACAGACUGCCGUGUACACUUUACAGGCAGAAAUAUGGAAUAGAGACUUUGAUACACCCCAAAUUGCUACUUUCCUUAAUUCUAGCACAAGUUUCCUAAAGAAAUUCCUAUUCCAAAAUGACUAAGAGUGAGAUACAUCUUAUACAUCUUAUAAACUGAUUUCUUCCUUGUGGUUUCAAAUCAGCCAGUUCAUUUGGUUCAGGCAUAAAUUAAACAAAUCAUACAGGAUAUGGUGCAAGAAUGAGUUUUCACCUGGUAUCCAUUAUAAGCAAUCAGGAAGUGGUGAUUUUUCACCUUACUUUUGAGCUAGACGAGGACCAGGAUCGCACUGACAUAGCAGUAAGAGUCUUUCUAAGUAAAAGCACUGCGAUUUUGGGACACACAUCAAAAACCUGGUGUGUGCAAUUGGAAGUAGGCAGAGGGAAAUGAAUUGAUAACUCAAAACAAUUUAAAGCUCAGAAUAUAUAAACAAUAUACUUGGGGUCGGCUUAUAAAGCCAUCCAGAUAAAAAAUUCAAACCAGAUCAUCAAGACAAAAGACUGGUAAAUGCAAAAUCGACUAAGGAAAACCAGUGAAGUGCUACGUGACAGCAGUGUAUGUGUUUGAAAAUAGUUCAAAGCCCAGAUGGGCUCAUGUGACAACAUGUGGAAAAAAACCUCAGGAGAAAGUCUAAGAUAAAAGCUAAGUGACAGAUAAAUGG